CAGCGACAGUUGUGUUUUGAUAUUUUUAAUCACACAUUUAUUAGGAUAUUGCUCACUCAUUUACUGUGCUCGGUACUAUUGCCAUGCCAUCUACUGUUAUUAUUUUCGUGUUUGUAAUAAUUUUAAUAGUCUGGUGGUAUAGCAGUAAAAUUAGACGGAAUGGAAAGUACCUUCGAAAUAUUCCAGGACCAACACCAGUGCCCAUUUUUGGAAAUACGAUUGAACUUUUAUCAGGAACUCAAGUAUAUUUGGGGGUAGUAUGCAAAUGGCUAAAGAAUCAUGGAGAUACAAUAGUGGUACACGAUGGUCCACUGAGUUGGGCUGUCAUCACAAUAGACUAUGACUUUUCUGAAUUAAUUUACAGUUCGUCAGUCCAGAUUGACAAGUCCUGUCAGUAUUCGUUCCUUAGUGGAUGGUUAGGAGAAGGACUGCUCACCAGUACAGGUAGCAAAUGGAAGAGCCAUAGGAAAGUUAUCACUCCGUCAUUCCAUUUUUCCAUAUUGCCAAAAUUUAUAGAUAUUUUCGAACGUGUCAAUAAAAAGUUAAUUGAUAAACUGGAAACGAAAGUUGGCGAAGGAAGCAUUGAAAUAUCUCAGCUAAUUUCGUUAUGUACUCUGGAUAUAAUUUGUGAAGCGGCCAUGGGUGUGUGGCUUGAGGAUACCAAUAAAAAUCAUGCAAAUUAUAUUAAGUCUGUUAAGGGCAUGUGUAACAUAGUAGUUCAACGAAUUGCAUCGCCAGUUCACGAAUCGAUUUAUAAAUUUACAUGGACUCAGUACAAGGAAUCGAAACUACUUAAGGUUCUGCACGGAUUUGUUGAUGAAGUUAUAGAACGUAAAAUCAAGGAUAUUAAUACUGAAAGCAAGAAAAACGUUGUAAAUAAUGGAACACCAGCAUUAGAAAACGUUGAAGAGAAAGAGCGUAUGGUAUUUCUAGACCUUCUAUUGAAGUCAAAUAUAAAUGGCAGGCCCCUAACAAAAACUGAACUGAGAGAUGAAGUUAAUACCUUUAUGUUUGAGGGGCACGACACAACUUCAUCGGCAAUGUCCUUUUGCCUAUAUAAUUUAUCAACUCAUCCAGAGGUCCAAGCAAAAGUGUUCGAAGAACAACGCUUAAUAUUUGGAGAUAACGUUCAAAUGGCAGUGCCAACCCAUACUCAACUUGGAGAAAUGAAGUACUUAGAAUCGGUAAUAAAAGAAACGCUUAGGCUUUAUCCACCGGUACCAUUUGUUGGUCGAAAAUUAACAAAAGAUAUCGAAUUCAAUGGAUCCAUAUAUCCUAAAGGCUUAAAUAUAAUGCUGUUCACAUAUGGCAUUCAGAGAAGUGAGAAAUAUUAUGAAGAACCAGAGAAAUUUAUUCCAGAACGAUUUGAAAUUUUAAAUGGAAGGUUACCGUAUUCUUACGUGCCAUUUAGUGCAGGACCAAGAAAUUGCAUUGGUCAGAAAUUUGCCAUGUUGGAACUUUUGCAUACAAUUUCGAAGAUCGUUCGACAUUUUGAGCUGAAACCACCAGCAUCGGAGCAUCAAAUUGUACUGGCCCCAGAAUUAAUUCUAAUUUCCAAAAAUGGUAUCCGUCUAUCUGUAUCUAAGAGAAAUUAUAUGGUUUUCCUCUUACUUUUUAUCACCAUAAGUGGCAUAAUGCUACUUGGUUGUUUGAUAUCGCGUAAAAUUAAAGACCGUUCAUACUAUUUGAAAAAUGUUCCUGGACCAAAACCGUUAUACUUUUUUGGAAAUAGUUUGGAUUUUGUCAAUACUGAAGGACACAUUCCUGUAGCGGAUGGAUAUAUGAAAAAAUACGGCGAUAUUGUAUUAGUACACAAGAAUUCGUUUCAAUGGAGCAUUCUGACCGCAGAUUAUGAAUUUAUCGAACUUAUCUUCAGUUCAUCAACUGCAGCAAUUGACAAACCAAGACCAUAUAGCCUAUUGCAUGGUUGGUUAGGUACAGGAUUGCUUACUAGUUCAGGUACACAUUGGAGAAAACACAGAAAAAUGAUCACCCCUGCUUUCCAUUUUUCAAUUUUACAAAAGUUUGUAGACGUAUUUGAGAACGUGGGAGAUAUAUUAAUUAAUAAAUUACAAUCAAAAGUUGGCGAAGAUACCUACGAAAUAUCAAAGAUUAUAUCUUUGUAUGCCCUCGAUGUCAUAAGUGAGACUGCGAUGGGUGUAAAAAUUAAUGCUUUAUCAGAGAAGGAAUCUGAAUACAUUAAAAAUAUUAAAAUUAUUUGUAAUGCUGUCACGAUAAAAAUGAAUAUACCGAUACAUAAGGUUCUUUAUCCAUUAUUUUGGGUUCAUCAUAAAGAACAGAAAGCAUUAAAGUAUGUUCAUCAAUUUGUUGACCAAGUAAUUGAGAAGAGAGUAGAAGAGUUAGAUAGUAUCCCAAAAGAGGAAAAAGCCAACGAUGAUGGUUACGGAAUCAAAAACAAAUUGGCCUUUUUGGAUAUUCUCUUAAAAUCAACAAUUGAUGGCCAACCGUUGACAAGGAAAGAAGUGAGAGAUGAAGUUAACACUUUUAUGUUUGAGGGUCACGAUACUACAUCUUCAGCUAUCUCGUUCUGUUUAUAUCAUUUGUCCACUCAUAAAGAUGUACAGGAGAAAGUAUACCAAGAGCAACAACAAAUAUUUGGUAGUGAUUUAAAGAAUGCUAUGGCAACUUAUUCUCAGCUAUUAGAAAUGAAAUACCUAGAAAUGGCCAUUAAAGAAACUUUGAGGCUAUAUCCUUCAGUUCCAUUGAUUGGUCGCAAAUUGACUGAAGAUGUAGAAUUUAAGGGUAAUAUUUAUCCCAAAGAUAUGAAUGUGAUUGUUUAUGCAUUUGGUUACCACAGACAAGCGAAACACUUUCCAGAACCCAACAAGUUCAUACCUGAACGUUUCGAAAGCCAAAAAGACUGGUUGCCGUUUUCUUACGUACCAUUUAGUGCUGGCCCCAGAAAUUGCAUAGGUCAGAAAUAUGCCAUGUUAGAAAUGCUAUCAGUUAUAUCGAAGAUAGUAAGAAAUUUUGAACUGGAACCUUCUAAACCCGAACAUAAAAUAGCACUAGCACCAGAACUUAUUUUAAUUUCCAAAAAUGGUGUUCGAUUGACUCUUAAAAACAGAAAAUAAUUUUCACAAACUUUUAUUUAUUAAAUUUUGUUAAUAAGUUAUGUUUUGGUGUAAUAUGUACUUAACUAAUUAUGGUUACUUAAUGCUUAAUAUAUUAUGUUU